GAGAUUUUCAUAGAAAGCAUCGUUUACCUAGAAUCUCAAUUAGAGCACCAAAAAGGCAAAAACCUCUUCACCAACCACCCUCCCUGAUUAAGCUCCUCUACUUCUCUCUGAUCGUCGAUCAAAUCGCGUCGUCGCCAUGGCUACCAUUUCCAAGCUCUCAAAUCCGACUUCUUCGCCCUCCUCUCUGUUGCCGCCUUCUUCAUCGAGGCUUCGAUCUUCUCUGCUGCCUAAGUUUUCUGUUGAUUUCCGUGGCCCAGCUGGUUCUGGUUUCAAUGCGAGAGUUGAGUCUUCUAGGUUGUCUCUGCCGAGCAACCGAGUUUUGAAGGGGUCCCUGGUUGUCAAAUGUUCCAUUUCUGAUGGAAAUGGUAGUGCAAUAAAGAGAACAGUUCUUCAUGAUCUCUAUGAGCAGGAAGGGCAGAGUCCAUGGUAUGACAACCUUUGUAGGCCCGUGACGGAUCUGCUUCCUCUUAUUGCCAGUGGGGUUCGAGGUGUUACUAGCAACCCGGCGAUUUUUCAAAAAGCUAUAUCAUCUUCGAAUGCUUACAAUGAUCAAUUCAGGGAACUCGUGCAGUCUGGAAAAGACAUUGAAGAUGCAUACUGGGAACUUGUGGUGAAGGACAUUCAAGAUGCAUGCAAGCUUUUUGAGCCUAUCUAUGAUCAAACUGAUGGAGGAGAUGGCUAUGUUUCUGUUGAAGUUUCUCCUAGACUUGCUGAUGAUACUGCAGGAACUGUUGAGGCAGCGAAAUGGCUUCAUAAAGUGGUCGAUCGGCCUAAUGUUUAUAUUAAGAUUCCUGCAACUGCUCCAUGCAUUCCUUCAAUCAAGGAAGUUAUUUCAAAUGGCAUCAGUGUCAAUGUGACUCUCAUAUUCUCUCUCACUAGAUAUGAAGCAGUGAUUGAUGCUUACUUGGAUGGUCUUGAGGCUUCCGGGCUAAGUGAUCUGUCCAGGGUUACCAGUGUUGCUUCCUUCUUUGUUAGUCGUGUUGACACUCUCAUUGACAAAAUGCUAGAAAAGAUUGGAACCCCAGAAGCCCUCGACCUCCGUGGAAAGGCCGCUGUAGCUCAAGCAGCUCUGGCAUAUCAGCUUUAUCAGAAGAAGUUUUCUGGUCCUAGAUGGGAGGCUCUAGUGAAGAAAGGUGCAAAGAAGCAGAGGCUCCUGUGGGCCUCAACUAGUGUCAAGAAUCCUGCCUACCCGGACACUUUAUAUGUUGGUCCUCUUAUUGGACCUGACACUGUUUCAACCAUGCCCGACCAAGCUCUCCAAGCAUUUAUAGACCAUGGCGCUCUUUCAAGGACAAUUAACCACAACGUGUCUGAAGCAGAAGGAGUUUACAAUGCGCUUGAGAAGUUGGGAAUUGACUGGAGCUACGUUGGGACACAGCUCGAACUUGAAGGAGUUGAUUCAUUUAAGAAGAGCUUUGACAGUCUACUUGAUACCCUACAAGAGAAGGCUAACUCUCUUAAACUGGUUAGCCAGUGAGCUUUUAGCGGUUUUUAAUUGUUUAAUACAAAUGUAAUACAAUAAAAGAAGCUGGACAUCGAUUCUGCUGCGGAGCCUAUCUGAUUAUCUAUGAGUGGUUUGUAAGAACUUAAUUAUGUAUCAUAACUUCAUUUGUCAUUCAAAAGAAAACAUCGUAAGCUGUUUAUUUAUUUA